AUGGCAGCGAAAGCAGCGGCAUGUGAGUGGGAUGAGGGGGAUGUUAUAGUCCUCGAUGUUAGCGCACGCAAGAACAAGAAUAAUGGUCUGUCUAUACUUGAGCAAUACGGUAGCGUUCAACCUAUUCCCUCACUAGUCUGGCAGCAGAGUGAACUGGUCAAUGACGCCCUUGAUCGAGGGGAAGUGGACAAGGGGCUCCGACUAGCGACAUCGCUGAUUCAGAGCGGCCCGAUUUUUCGCGAUAUUGUCCGUAUAUUCGUUUUGCGAUAG